AUGAUAAGUAAAUUAUUUCUCAAUUGUAGUUAAUUGGAAUGUUGUGAAAUGGAAGAUGAUAAAUAGUCAGCAAAAGCAACUUCAAAAAAAAUACAAAAUAGAAAAAUAUGGUCCUAAAAAGAAGACAAGUUGCUUGAAAGAGCAAUUCAUGAACUUGGAACUAAUUGGAAGGAAGUGGCAAAAUAUUUAUAUAAUCGAAAUCCUUCUUAAUGCGCUCAAAGAUGGAAGAGAAUUAAGCCAUAACGCUCUCGACAUUCUUGGAGUGCAAUCGAAGACGAACAAUUGUUAGAAUUAGUUAAAAUACACAAACGGAAUUGGGGAAUGAUUGCAAGCAUCAUGCAUUGGAGAACAGGGAAGUAAAUUAGAGAACGAUUUAUUAACAAAUUGAAUCCAGAAAUAAGGGCUGAACCAUGGUCAAAAGAAGAAGAUCUAAUUGUCAUGGAUGCUUAUCAAAAAUAUGGAUCAAGAUGGACAGAAAUAUCCAAGUUAUUAAACGGGAGACCUGAAAAUAUGAUAAAAAAUAGAUUUUAUUCCUUUAUUAGAAAAGAAUAUAUGAAUAUUUAAAAUCCUUAUUACGUUAUACCAAAUUCAUAAUAAAAAACUGACACUGAUUAAUUAAAAUCAUCCCAAUAAUUAGAUGAAAUCCUUUAGCAAGAUCCUAAUGAUAAUAGUUAGUCAUCUAAAAGCAGUAUUAUUAAAAGAAGGAAAAACACUAAAGUUCAAAAAAAGAAAAUGAAAAAAUAAAAAGUAGUCAAAAGAAAGAAAGAGUAAGAACAAAAAUUUAUUAAUAAUAUUGUUAAUGAUUAGAAUGAACAGGUUUUGAAUGAAAUUAUCUCAGCUGAGAGUUCAGAAGUGUAGGUGAAAGAAGAGGACGACAACGAAAUUUAAGUAAAUAAAAUAGGAUUAAGUAUAUUAAGUUAGAGUGUAAACAAUAAUCUAAUUCAAAUUAAUAACUAAUUAAAUUCUCAAUAAUUGUUUAAUGAUUCUAUAAUAUCAUUAUACAAUUCUUAAGUCCUUUUCAAUUAAACUUCAUAAUCACAGCAAAAUUAAUAACAUUAAUAUGCAACAGCUAUGCUUUUGAAAUAAGAAUUUGCAAAUUUGAUGAAAAGUUAGAGUCUUAUGUAAUCGUAAUUAAUGAAAGAAAGUAAUCAAAUCCAAUCCAAUCCUUCUAGUUAAGAAACUCGAUAAUCUUCAUUAUUGUAACUAUCACUAUCAAGCAUGAGUUUUCUUCAAUUUCCUUGUGUAUUUAGACAAGAGUCUUUUCCUCAAUCAAUGUAUAAUUCAUAAUAAUGA